UCUUCCCCAAAAUCUCUUAAACCCUAAAACCAGAAAAACCUUGAAAAACGACGACGUUUGUGAAGCCACCAUGCAUAGAAGGAACAUUAGGCUGCGAAGAGAGUACCUAUACAGGAAAAGCUUAGAAGGGAAGGAGCGUUUGCUAUAUGAGAAGAAACGCAAAAUAAGAGAGGCUUUAGAAGAGGGAAAACCAAUUCCAACUGAGCUCAGGAAUGAAGAAGCUGCUCUUCGGAAAGAAAUCGAUCUUGAAGAUGAAAUUACUGCUGUACCUCGAUCAACUAUUGAUGAUGAAUAUGCUAAUGCACCUGAAAAAGAUCCCAAAAUUUUGCUUACCACUUCAAGAAAUCCUAGUGCUCCUCUUACUCAGUUUGUCAAGGAGUUGAAAAUUGUGUUCCCUAAUGCUCAGCGGAUGAAUCGUGGUGGUCAGGUUAUAUCAGAAAUAAUUGAAACCUGCCGAUCUCAUGAUUUUACAGAUGUAAUUUUGGUCCAUGAGAAUCGUGGUGUGCCUGAUGGUAUUGUCAUUAGUCAUCUGCCUUUUGGUCCAACUGCUUACUUUGGAUUGCUCAAUGUGGUGACUAGACAUGAUAUUAAGGACAAAAAAUCUAUGGGAACGAUGUCUGAGGCGUAUCCACAUUUGAUUUUUGACAAAUUUUCAACUAAGCUUGGUGAGAGGACAGUAAACAUCCUAAAGCAUUUGUUUCCUGUGCCCAAGCCUGAUACAAAACGUAUCCUCACAUUUGCUAACCAGUCGGACUACAUCUCAUUCAGACAUCACGUCUAUGAAAAGAAUGGAGGUCCAAAAUCAAUUGAGCUGAAAGAGGUUGGCCCUCGAUUUGAACUACGGCUUUACCAGAUCAAAUUAGGAACGAUGGAUCAAGACGAAGCUCAAAUCGAGUGGGUCAUAAAGCCUUACAUGAACACAUCUAAAAAACGGACCCUUCUAGGGGACUGAUCAACAUGCAGCAGAAUAUGUACUUUGAAGCCUCCGUCUCUUCCC